AUGCUGCUCCCAUCCGCAUUCUCGUGCGAUGGCGGUCUGCAGCCUCAAUUAAGACUUCAAAGACCUAAGCUCCAGUCUUUCGGCGCAUAUGAACCCCAAUACUCUACAAAUGCGCGCCCGAGCCCGCUAUCCUCCAGUUGCCGCGCUCUGCAGGCCAUUCUCGGAGCCCCUGGCACCAUCCAGUACCCACGACCGACUCAGCCGCUGGACUUAGGGAAUCCUUUUGCGCCCGCGGAAGAGACCAUCCCUCCCGGAGAAGCACAGACAACACCACCCAGACGCGCGAACAAGCGAGGGCGCAGUGAAUUCGAAGAGGACAUGAUUUCCGCAACAUCUACAGAUGUACUCAUGGAAGAUUGUCAGCGCACACCUCAGCCAAUUCGAACUCCGAAAAGGCGACGGAAAGUCCCUCUGUCCCUGCCGAUGGGUCUCUCAGCGGAUGAUUUCCGUGCGCUGGAGACACCUGCCGACGAGGUAGAGCUCGACAUGCCCAUAAUCAGCCCUCACGACCACGUACCCUCCGACCAAGAUUCGGCUUACGGGUCAUCCCCAUCAGUGGAUGAUGCAGAAUGGACCGAGGACGAUGACCGCAUGUUGGUAGAGACAGUGCUCGAAAAGCUGAAACUGUCAAGACGCGAUUGGAAUGACUGCGCAAGGAAACUGGGCAAGGACAGGGAUAGCCUUGGAAGAAGGUGGAGCUUGCUAGUUGGGGAGGGUAAUGUUGGCUUGAGAAGAGGUGGCAGGAUCUCAAGGACGAAUUUGGACAUUUCGAGUUGGUGA